CCCGUCCGGACCCCGGGACCCCGACGCUCCUCGGUCUCCAGCUCUUACCCACUAUUUCCGGGGAUCCCAGGCCCCCAAAGCCCCCCGGCUCCAAGACCUCUGGGUCCGGCACCCUCCGCUCCAGACCUUGGGACCCCGGAGACCCCAAGAUCACCCCCUCGUCUCCCAAGGCCUCCUGAGGACCACGGCGGCUCCAGGGCAGGCCCCCCAUCCUAUGUUCCGGGAACCCCCCGCCCCUCGAGAGCCCUCAGGCCUCCGUGGAGCCGCCCUUGCCUGCCCCCUGGGCUCCGCCACCUUUCCCGGGUGGAGACCACCCCGCCACCUCUCCUUUAGCCCCUCGAGAUCCCCGGGGUCCCCUUCCCACCUCCCUCGAGGUUUCUUCCCUCCGCUGAUUUCUGCCACCUGCCCGGAGGCUUGUGUCUUCUCGGUCUCCCUCUCCCUCUGUGAAACCUGAGGACCGGGGAGCGUCCAAGAAAGUAUCCCCGAGGAUUCACAGAUGGAGUCAGUGGAAAAGACAGCAAAUAAAAGUGAACAAAAAUCAAGAAAGUUUUUAAAAAGCCUCGUCCGGAAGCAGCCCCAGGAGCUGCUGCUGGUCAUUGGGACUGGUGUCAGUGCCGCGGUGGCCCCAGGCAUCCCUGCCUUGUGUUCGUGGCGCAGCUGCAUUGAGGCUGUCAUCGAGGCUGCAGAGCAGCUGGAGGUGCUGCACCCUGGGGAUGUGGCCGAGUUCCGGAGGAAGGUGACGAAGGACCGGGACCUGCUGGUCGUGGCCCACGAUUUGAUCCGGAAGAUGUCACCUCGCACAGGCGACACCAAGCCCAACUUCUUCCAGGACUGCCUGAUGGAGGUGUUUGACAGCCUGGAGCAGCACAUCCAGAACCCGCUGGUGCUGCAGUCCAUCCUCGGCCUCAUGGACAGGGGCACCAUGGUGCUCACCACCAACUACGACAACCUGUUGGAGCUCUUCGGGCAGCAGCAGAACAGGCCCAUGGAGUCGCUGGACCUGAAGGACAAGACAAAGGUCCUGCAGUGGGCAAGAGGCCACAUCAAGUACGGAGUUCUCCAUAUCCACGGCUUAUACACCGAUCCCUGCGGGAUGGUGCUGGACCCAUCGGGAUACAAAGAUGUCACUCAGGACCCGGAAGUCAUGGAAGUCCUGCAGAACCUGUACCGCACCAAGUCCUUUCUGUUCGUGGGCUGCGGAGAGACCCUUCGUGACCAGAUAUUCCAGGCCCUCUUUCUUUACUCGGUACCAAACAAGGUGGACUUGGAGCACUACAUGGUGGUGCUCAAGGACAACGAGGACCACUUCUAUAAGCACCAGGCAGACAUGCUUUUGCAUGGGAUUAAAGUCGUGUCCUACGGGGACCGCUUUGACCUCUUCCCGGGAUACAUGCAAGACCUCGCCACUCAGAUCUGCAAGCAGCGGAGUCCUGACGCCGAGCGAGUGGACAGCACCACGUUACUGGGAAAUGCUUGUCAGGACUGUGCAAAGAGGAAGAUGGAAGAGAAUGGAAUGGAAACUCCCAAGAAACCCAGACAACCAGAUACAGAUGCUGCUGGAGGGUCUUGAGAUCUUUAAGACAAGUUGAAGCCUGCAGCUUGAAGAACCAGCCUUCUGUAACCAGUGCCAUGCCUAAGCAGUGAGGAGCGUGCUGAGGCCUGCAGCUGGAUCUCAGUCCCAAGCUGUCACGUGCCCCCAGAGCCACAUGGAUGUGUGGCCUGCAAGGCUGGGUGUAGAGCUGUGUGCUUAGCUGCUGGGAGGUGACAUGGAUACACUUCAGGUGCACUGUAAGGACUGAUGAAUGGCCACCUCAGGGAACAACUUGUGGGAAGGGAUGUACCUGACAUCCGGUUCCCAUUUGACCUGUUCUCUGCAUCAGGGUGGUGUUUUUGCUGAUACAGAGGACAAUGAAGAUUGUCCAAGCAACAGCUGUUGCCAAAGAGAAGGGAAGAACUGCACAGAGACACCUCUAUUUGAUGAGUUUCUACGUGGAAAGAUCUGUUACUAUAGAAAGCAUCUUAAACAUGUUUGUUACAUUGAUAAUAGUAAAGAGGCACUGAAUCCGCUGAAAAUGGUUUUUAGCAGAAUGACACAAUCAGUAGGGCUCUGGAGUCACAUCAUCUCAUAUCUCUGCUCCAAGGGACAGCAGGCCUGGCAUCGCUAAGCAGCCUUCGUCUGCAGAGCCAGGGCCUUUAGCAGCUGUCAGUGCUGUGCACUCCUGCUGUGGGGCUGAGCCUGGGGAGGUGCAAGUGGGCACAGACAAGGUUCUAAAUUUAGAUUGUGGCUUCCAGCCUUUCGGAGUCUUUACUUUCUGGGGCAAGGUCCCACCUUUUUGUUCUUCUCUCUCAACUUCUCUCCCUAUGCCUCAAGCCAAGAGGAUGUGGGUAGAGUAAGGUACGCAAGCCUUGUAAAGAGCCUGCCGUGCUUGAGCCAUCUUCAAGGCUCAGCUCAGGCAGGCAGCUGUGCUGGGAGCUGCACUUGCGUGGGGAGGCCCCUCAGGAGCCCAGGAGGAGGCUCACGUGGUCGGCACACGGCAGGGCCUCAGGGGACGCCUCCCUCAGAAGUAAGCCACCCACCUGUCAUCCUCCCAGCACAGUCAUUCCCACAGCCACCAGGAAAGUGAAGAACAAGAAAUGGGAGGUUGGGCUGUACAGAGAGAGAAGAAACGAGCUGGAGACCUUUCUCCUUCCUUCCCCUUUUGAAGCAUGGAAACAAAUUGUGUCACUCUGGUCAUAAAUAAAAUUUUAAUGG